AUGUCUAACACACUUACUGUAACGGGUUACACUAGCAAACUGUCUGCUAAUUUUUAUCCACCAAUCGAGUUGGAUAUAAGUGCGGAAUAUGGUCUGGGGUUGAUUGGCUUUUAUUCAUACAACACCAUGUACAAUAUUCAUGAUCAACAUAAUAAAAUAUCUCUUACUCACGAGGGUGACGAGGGUAAUGUGGUAACCCUUCCUGAAGGUGUUUAUGAAAUCGAAGAUAUCAAUAAAUACAUACAACAUGAAAUAAUAUCAAUGAAUGAUACAUAUAAAGAGAGAUAUGAAUCCAAAGUUGAUGAAAUGUUCUCUUUGAAAGCCAACACUAAUACUUUGAAGUGUGAACUCCAUUCUGUAUUCGAUAUUGCUCUGUCCAAUUCCAUGGCAACUUUGCUUGGAUUUAAGAACAAAAUUUUUCCCAGAUGCAAAAUCUACACAUCGCAUAGACGCCAGUUUAUUGAUAACAUCACACUGGAAAUUUUGGAUGACGUCGGGAAUUUGGUCAAUUUCCGUGGUGAAAAAAUUACAGUCAAAUUAGAACUGCGACGCCUGUCUAGUGCCAGCUGA